AAGUGACCGCUAAGCCGACUGUGGGCGUGGAAAGGGGUGGGCGUUUGGCUCGUCCCACGGCGUAAACUCACAGCCUGAGUUUUGAUGACCAUCCCAGGUCAUCUGGAUCCAGGAUCCUUGGAGUGCGUCACAAGACUGGAGUCCAGGUAUCACCAUGGCAACCACCAGCGCCUUGGGUGUGUGACGUCACCUUGCGGGCUCGCGUAGUGCGGCAUGCGCGGGAGGAAGCCGGGGAGUCAGGGAAGGGGGCGCGCCUCCCCUCGGCGUUGCCGGGGACCGCGGGUUCCCCAAGGCUUUGUUCCUUUGUUCUGGGCCGGGCCAGCAAAAUGCGGAGCAGCCCGCCUUUCUGGUGUGCCCCGCAACAGCAAUCCAAACUUCCCCUGUGCACGUCCGAUCUUGGACAGGACCUCUUGGCUACUCUGUACGAGUCUGAGGUGCGACUGUAAGACGCGUGCUGCAGAGUGUAUCCUGUGCCUGGUAGGCCAGUCUCGUAGAGCAUAAGACACCUACUCUGGAAGGAGAGCGGGACAUCCAAGUCCCAAACUGAAGCUGCCCAGGUAUCCACGUGUCCAAGUUCUAGCGGAAGACGUAGAGCUCCUGGGAUGGCAGGUCUGUCCUUUGCAGACUCUGCCAGUCUCCACGAGGGACGUCCCCUACUCCUACCAUCUAGUUUUCGGGAAUCAGUGACCUUCAAGGAUGUGGUCGUGAACUUCACUCAGGAAGAAUGGAAACACCUGGAUCCUAUACAGAGAGAUUUGUUCAGAGAUGUGACACUGGAAAAUUAUACACAUCUGGUCUCUAUAGGGCUCCAGGUUUCCAAACCUGAUAUGAUUUCCCAACUAGAGCAAGGGACAGAGCCAUGGACUGAGGAUUCGUGCAUUCCUGUCGGUCCCUUGGAAGACUGGAAGAAAAGAGCUGGAAAUAGUGUGUCAUCCCUAGAACUUGACAUUUCUGAAGAGCAUCUAUUCUCAGAGACAGUAGUAACCAACAGCAAAAGGGAUGAUGGGAGUUUAGAGAAGCUUCAAGCAAACCAACAGAUGCUGCCAAGGGAAGUCCAAAUAACGGAGAAAACAGCACCCACUUGUGAGAGCAACCUCAGUGUGAGCUCAAGCUUCAUAACACAAACGGAAGUAGCUCUCGAUCAGCCUUCCACUAAAACAAGAGCCAAGCAGAAUUCCCACCCAGUUAAAAAGGAGAAGCUGUGUAAGUGCAACGAAUGUGGUAAAGCUUUUACUUACUGUUCUGCUCUCAUUCGCCACCAAAGAACGCAUACUGGAGAGAAACCCUAUAAAUGUAAUGAAUGUAACAAAGCUUUCAGCAGAAGUGAAAACCUUAUAAACCAUCAGAGAAUCCAUACGGGAGAUAAACCGUACAAAUGUGACCAGUGUGGAAAGGGUUUCAUUGAGGGUCCAUCUCUCACUCAACAUCAAAGAAUUCACACUGGAGAAAAGCCCUAUAAAUGUGAUGAAUGUGGGAAGGCCUUUAGUCAGAGGACCCAUCUUGUUCAGCAUCAGAGAAUUCACACUGGUGAGAAGCCAUAUACUUGUACCGAGUGUGGGAAAUCCUUCAGCCAGAGAGGUCACUUUAUGGAGCACCAGAAAAUUCAUACAGGAGAAAAACCUUUCAAGUGUGAGGAGUGUGAGAAAACCUUCACCAGGAGCACACACCUCACUCAACAUCAGAAAAUUCACACUGGGGAGAAAACUUACAAGUGUAAUGAAUGUGGGAAGGCCUUCAACGGCCCAUCAACGUUUAUCCGUCACCAUAUGAUUCAUACUGGAGAAAAGCCUUAUGAGUGUAAUGAAUGUGGCAAAGCCUUCAGCCAGCACUCCAACCUGACUCAGCAUCAGAAAACACACACUGGGGAGAAACCCUAUGACUGUGCAGAAUGUGGGAAAGCCUUUAGUUACUGGUCAUCCCUAGCUCAGCACCUGAAAAUUCAUACAGGAGAGAAGCCCUACAAGUGUAGCGACUGCGGGAAGGCCUUCAGUUACUGCUCCUCCCUUACUCAGCAUCGGAGGAUUCACACCCGAGAGAAGCCCUUUGAGUGCAGUGAGUGUGGAAAGGCUUUCAGCUAUCUGUCAAACCUUAAUCAGCAUCAGAAAACUCACACCCAGGAGAAAGCCUAUGAAUGUAAGGAAUGUGGGAAAGCCUUUAUUCGGAGUUCAUCUCUUGCUAAGCAUGAAAGAAUUCAUACUGGAGAGAAGCCUUAUCAAUGUCAUGAAUGUGGAAAAACCUUCAGCUAUGGCUCAUCUCUUAUUCAGCAUAAGAAAAUCCAUACUGGUGAAAGACCUUACAAGUGUAAUGAAUGUGGGCGAGCCUUCAACCAGAAAAUACACCUUACACAACACAAGAGAAUUCAUACAGGAGCAAAGCCGUAUGCCUGCCCCAAGUGCGGGAAGACCUUUCGACACUGUUCAUCUCUUGCUCAACAUCAAAAAACUCACACAGAAGAAAAACCCUACCAGUGUAACAAAUGUGAAAAAACCUUCAGCCAGAACUCCCGUCUGACUCAGCAUCAGCGAAUUCAUACGGGAGAGAAGCCUUAUAAGUGCAGUGAAUGUGACAAAUGCUUUACCGGGAGCGUGCACCUGACUGAACAUCGGAGUACUCACACUGGAGAGAAACCUUACAACUCUGAGUGCCCACAGACUUUCAGCCAGAGCACAUACCUCACUCAGCAUCAGAAGAUUCAUUCAGGAGAGAAGCUUUUGGGGUGUGAGGACUGUGAAAAAGCCUUCCAGUGUCACUCUGCUCUCACCAAACACCAGAGAUUGCACCCUGCUGUGGCUGCUGUAGGAACAUCAUUAACAUAGUUGCUCUGCUAACUUUGGUUUUAUAGAAAUGAAUCAGAGUGGGAGGAGGAACUCCUUAAAGUAAAUUUUUCUCUGUCACAUGGUGGGAUGGAGAGCCCAUUGGGCUGUUCUGAUCCAAGUAUGUUAUUAAAACAACAUUGUGGCAAGCUGCUUUAAGUUUCUUCUGUAAAUGAGGUGAAAUGAAAGAUUCAGAGAUGAUCUGAAAGGUAGCUUGGAGUUUUAUACUCAGUUUUGUAUAUUUAUAUUCAUAAAUAGUUGCACUACACAUCCACAUUUUUGUCAUGGCUCUACAAUGCGUGUGGUUUUUUUUUUUUUUUUUUUUUUUUGCAUGUUUUGCUAGUAGAAGAAAUUUGGCUUCAGUAACUAGGAAUUUGUUUUGCUCCUGUUCUAAUGCACUUACAUUAUUCAGGUAAUUGGUCCUUAAAUAAAACUAAUUGUAAGUGAGAAUCAAA